AUGUCUUCGUCCAGUCCGAACCCAGGUUCGAAGACCGGAACCAACAGUCGACCAACAAGCAAAGAUGGCUCCAAGAAGAACAUUUGGUCCUCGCUGUUAGAUACAGUUGCUAACGGCAAGCGCCUGCCUGAGAAGAACUUAUUGGUGCUAGGUGGCACACCAGAUAGCCAAAGGGAAUUUCUCGAUACCUUCUCCGCCGAUACCUCUGCAGACCCCGCCUUAGCGAACGACAAACGAAAGGGCAAAGGGAAGAUACCGCCAAUUGCCAAUCAAUUUGCGCUUGGUUACACAUAUCGAGAUGUUCUCGACGCCGAUAAAGAAGAUACUCUGGCUCGCGUCUCUGCCUACCUCCUAUCCGAACCGUCUCCCUCAUUUGCGCCCCUCCUUAAACCACUCUUGACUCCGAAGUCUGUACCAGAAACGCUGGUUGUGAUCCUUAUGGACUGGUCAGACCCAUGGACGUGGGUUCGAAGACUCAGAGAAUGGGUCCGGCUACUGCGCUCUGUUCUUGUUUCGCUCGAUGAUGAGACCAAGAUCGUUAUGGAAGAAACUAUGAUGGAGUGGCGCGACCGCAAGCGAGGCAUCGAUGCCAAUAAUGCGACUGCCGGUGGUCUUUCAAACUCAAGUGGCCCGAUCACAAUACCUUUGGGCCCUGGCGAAUGGGACGAGGGCCUCGGUAUCCCCAUGUGUGUUGUCUGCCAAGGGGCGGACAAAAUCGAGAAACUAGAGAAAGAUCACGGAUGGCAUGAGGAGCAAUUUGACUUCAUCCUCCAGUUCCUCAGAACAAUUCUCUUGAAGCAUGGCGCAUCUCUCAUUUAUACCACUCCGUUCUUGGCAGGCUCACUCCAAGGCCUAGUCCAUUCUUCACUCGGCAUACACUCUCUAUUGAAAAGAGAAUCAUUAAAACAUAAUGUGAUUGACCGCGACAAGAUUCUUGUACCAGCAAACUGGGACUCUUGGGGCAAGAUUCGAAUCAUCCGUGAAGGGUUCGACAUGGAGGGAGUGUCGACAGCAUGGUCAAUUGAGAUCCAGGAUCCUCCGGAGUCAAUCUAUCAAACCUCAAAUAGCGCUCAAGAAAGCGAGAACGCUCUGGCGGAAGAUGGCACCAGCGCAGUGACUACGUUUGAGCAAACGAUUCACGAUCCCAAACAAGGCACAGUUGGCGCCAAUUCGAAUAGCAACAGCACCAAGAUCGAGGUCGAAACCGCUGAUCUUCAAGACUUCUUUGCUACUCAGGCGAAUAUUCUGGAAGAGCUGAAAGCAAAAGAUGACAAGGAGCACACAACACCCAAUGCUCCACAGCUGGAAAUGUCUCCUAUGGCCGAUGAAGGCAAAGUCAAUGAGCACAUUGGUCCUGUGCAGUUCAACAUGGGCGGAAUUCAAGUAGACGCCGAUGAUAUGUUGAAGAAGCUCAAGGAUCGAGAAGCUGUCCGAACCCAAAGGAAGGAAAGCCCGUUGCCAGCUCCCAGCGACGACAAAGCGCAUAAUCAAGCCUUGGCAAACUUCUUUGCUGGUCUUGUCAAGAAACCAGGCUCAAGCCCUCGUGGAAGCCCCUCGGCUUGA